ACGCAUCGCGAUUCCUGCCGCGAUGCGCUUCGCCUCGCCUUCCCGGCGGAUGUUCUCCCGCCUCCUCUGCACGCUGCCGCAGAAACUCAACAACGUGCAUUUCCUCCUCCGCGACCGUGUCCUUAAGGAGGCGCGGUGCUGGCUCACGGAGUACCUCCACUCUGAUCGCGCCAUCCCCUUCUCCCACGCCGACUCCAUCGUCUCACACGCCCCCUUCUCCCUCUCCGCCUUCCUCUCCCAGGUCCCCUUCCCAUCGAACACCGCUCGCGCGGACUUGAAGCGCAUCUUCCGCCGCUUCCUCACAUACCACCCCCUCGACGAGUACGACUUUUUUUUCGAGAGCAUCGGCCUUCCUCCCUCCUUUUCCUCCUCCUCCUCUGCCGCCUCCGCUUAUCCCAGUUACUUCCUUUCCGACGACUCCUUGCUCCUUGCCGCAGUCUCCGCGCUCGUGCACUACGGCUUCCCUUGGACAAAGCUCGGCCUCCUCUACCGUGAGGAGCCCCGCAUCUUUUCAUCAGAUUCCGACAGACUUAUUUCCAGGCUCAGCGCCCUCGAGGCCCGUGGCUUUCAUCGCGCAUGCAUCAUCGGCAUUUGCCUUGCUUUCCCCUCCGCGCUGAGUGCAGAUGCUGACCCUGGUGGCGAAGUCGAUCACUUGUUUCAGUAUCUGAAUAAGGUCUUCCUCGACUUCGAUCUUUCACAAUCCGUCCCGGAAAACAAUGUGGACAUCUUCCUCCAGGUGUGUAAGAAUAUUCGUGUGUUCUAUGAUUUGGAUUCUAGAAAGGGUACGAUGGGCGAGCUGAUGUGCAAGAACCUUCAAAAGAUAUUUCUUGAGUUGGAUGAUGCCUUAAUAGCGCAAAAAUUGAUGUUUUUCAUCAAUUUAGGAAUGGAGGCUUCUGAAGCUGGGCAUUUCAUUCUUAAACAUGCUGAUAUUUUCAAUCUCGAUUUGGAAAACUCCAGUAUUUUGAUGCCAGAGUAUCUCAAGUCUGUUGGUUUGGAAGAGCAUAAAGUCGCUUUGCUGUCUAGAAAGUUUCCGUUUGCGAUGGGCAGGAUUAAAUUAGGGAAUUUGGCAGCGACGAUGAAAGCCAUGAAUCUGCAAAAGUGGUUCCUAGGCAAGAUCUUGAAUGGGAAUCCCCAUUAUUUCUCAUCUGAAUUUAUUCUCUCUGGCUCUCAUGACACAGCAUUAGAGUGUCUAUUUCGUCAACGUCUGGAAAGGCUAAAAUGUGCGAAGAUGGGCAAUAAAUUGGAAUUCAUGCUGAGUAUCGGAUUUGGGGAGAAUAAGGAGACGCUUAGAUCCAUAUCAUUGCUCAGAGGCCAAAACGACCAAUUGCAGGAGCGCUUCGAUUGCCUUCUCGAGCUGGGUAUUGAGUACUCCAUGCUUUGUAGGAUGAUAAAUGCAAAACCCCUUAUAUUGAAUCAGUGCAAAGAUACCGUCCGUGAGAAAGUGAAUUUCCUUUGCAAUGACUUGGGCUACUCGUUGGAGUACCUUGACAAUUUCCCUGCUUUUCUGAGUUAUGGUCUGGAGAGCCGAACUAAGCCAAGAUUUAAAAUGCUAGAUUGGCUUAAAGAAUUUGGCUUGCUGAAAAAGCAUCUUGCGCCAUCCACCUUCCUUUCAUAUUCUGAGAGGGAAUUCAUCACUUUCCUCUAUAGUGUCCAUCCAGCUGCUCCUAAGCAGUGGCUGGAGUGCUACUUAUCGAGAGGGGACAAUGGAAAUCAAAGAACCUUAUUUAUGCCUCGCUGCGGGCAUAAGAAUCCUGCUUAAAGAAUUGACAAAUACUUUUUUUCAGUGUUAAUCAUUAAGGCUCUUCAGUGUACAUGUAAACAUUAUUGGAACUUAUGAUUUCUUUCAUACCAUAAGUCAGUCGGCCAUUACCUUUGGAAUCUGCAAAAUUAGCAUUUAUGGA